AUAAAGCAGUUUUGUUUAUAUCAGUUGUCAACUUCUUGUUUACUAACUUUAAGGAUAUCAAAUCAGUGGCUUAGUAUUGCGAAUUAUCUUGAUAAAUAUUGAAUAAAAUGUCUUCCGAUGAGGAUGAUUAUAUGUCGGACAAAUUUCUUACAAAAUGCGUCGCAGAUGUCCGUCCCGGACUAAUAAAAGACCGCUCUAAACAACGCGAAGUCGAAAUAGCAGCGAAAAGGAUAAAACUAGACGAAGAGCAUAAGAAUCAAAGAAAGCCAAACCAAAAAGAACGUCUCGAGGAAGGUUUGAGCAGUGCAAUAUCAUCCGACAACAAAGGGUUCGCCAUGCUCGCGAAAAUGGGCUACAAACAAGGAGAGUCUCUAGGGAAAUCCUCCACUGGCAUUGUGGAACCAAUUGGCAUUCAGAUAAAAUCCGAUCGAGCAGGAUUAGGGCGAGAAGCAGCAUUACAGGACCUCAGAGCCAAACGGCAGGAAAUACGUCGCAAACGAUUGCUUGAGAAAGGCGGCGGCGUUGAAAUCUCCACCGAUGAAUUUCGACGGAGGAUGACUCAAAAGAAUGAGGAGCGACUGUUGGAAAGUGCUUUGAGGAAGUCUCAGAGAACAUGUGAAGAGUUGGAUAAGUCUAACAACGUUGAAGUACCCGCCAUGCCAUGGUUUUGGCCAGAAAGACAAGAAGAAGAGGAGGAGGAAGAGAAGGAAGCCCAGAAGGAUGACGAUGAGGAGGAAGAGGAUUUCGAAUAUGAGACCUAUGAGAAAGUCGAUUUGCUGACUUGCUACUUGAGGCACGCUUACAGCUACUGCCACUGGUGUGGAGUGCAUUAUUUUGAUAAUGCUGACCUUGAUGAGAACUGCCCGGGUCCUUUUAAGGAUGAUCACUAACAGGAAAUAGCUUCAUUGAUCUUGUAAUUUUU